AUGUCCAAAUGCAAGUCAUCUCAUGUCUCUCUUAGUUUUCUCUCUAAUUUCUCUCUAUUUUUCCUUUUGUUUUCUCAGCUGGUCCCAGCAUUGUUCUUAUUUGGGGACUCAGUUGUUGAUGUGGGAAAUAAUAACCAUCUCCAUACUAUUGUUAAAGCAAACUUUCCUCCUUAUGGAAGAGACUUUCAGAAUCACAAUCCAACAGGAAGGUUCUGCAAUGGAAAGCUUGCCACAGACUACACAGCUGAAACCCUUGGAUUUACCUCUUACCCACCAGCUUACCUCAACUUAAAGACCAAAGGAAAGAACCUCUUGAAUGGUGCUAACUUUGCCUCAGCUGCUUCUGGUUACUUUGAUCCUACAGCCAAACUAUAUCAUGCAAUUCCAUUGAGUCAGCAGCUGGAAUACUACAAGGAGUGCCAGAACAAAUUGGUGGAAAUAGCAGGGCAAUCAAAAGCUUCAUCAAUUAUAUCUGGUGCUAUAUAUCUUAUUAGUGCUGGGAACAGUGAUUUUAUUCAGAAUUAUUACAUAAAUCCUUUGCUAUACAAGGUUUACACGGCUGAUCAAUUCUCAGACACUCUUAUGCACUGCUAUUCCAACUUCAUUCAGGAUUUAUAUGCACUGGGAGCAAGGAGAAUUGGUGUGACAACAUUACCUCCAAUGGGUUGCUUGCCAGCAGCCAUCACUCUCUUUGGCUCUCUUAGCAACGAAUGUGUGGCCAGGAUAAACAAUGAUGCAGUUAACUUCAAUAAAAAGCUCAACACCACAUCUCAAAAUUUGCAAAAAAUGCUUCCUGGUCUCAAUUUGGUCCUCCUUGAUAUAUAUCAACCUCUCUAUGACCUGGUCACCAAGCCUUCUGAAAAUGGAUUUUCUGAAGCAAGAAAGGCUUGUUGUGGAACGGGCUUGCUAGAGACAUCUAUAUUGUGCAAUCAAAUGUCCAUAGGAACAUGUGCUAAUGCGUCUGAGUAUGUAUUCUGGGAUGGUUUUCAUCCCUCAGAUGCUGCAAACAAGGUUUUGGCUGAUGAUUUGAUUGCUGCUGGCAUCUCCCUUAUAUCCUAA